CUUCAACAUCAAUGUAGAACCAGAAGGCAUGACAGAUAUAAAGCCGCACUUUGGAAAAAUCCCCGCAUGUGACUAUUGUCGGAGCAAAAAGCUCAGGUGCUCCAAGGAAAGACCAAGAUGCAUGAGUUGUACGCGGUCUGGGAGGCCGUGUCGCUAUAGCGAGAGGACUCAGAGAACGCCUCUCACGCGAGAGUAAUUGCUCCAUCAAAGCUGUGCAAGACCUAGCUGACCCCUCCCUUCAGCUAUCUGACCAGAGUUGAGAGACGCCUCGCAAACGUGGAGCGCCUAUUUGGCCAGCUCCUCCCUGAUGUUGACAUCAAUGAAGCCCUGGCAUCGCAGGGAGUUGAAGCUCCUGCAGACGCAUCCCAGCCGAAUGCAUCCCUGUCGCCACCAAUAAAUCCUACGUCGCCCCACAGUCCAGUUCAGGUCGGCGGUGCCAUUUCAGAUGCCGUGCCUGCAGAAAGCGAUGGCUUCGAUUGGCAGGAAGACGUUGAUGAGCUGACGGAUGGGAUGGCGUCAUUGUCCGUUGAGCCGAGAGGGGCGGGAUACUUGGGACCUACUGCUGGUGUAUUUUUCCUCAGAUCACUACUUCUCUGGACGGGUCAUUCGAGGCCCUUCAUCGGCGAUAGCUCCGAGGUUCCACGACCCCAUGCUGGGUUGGAGUCUUCUUCCCAGCUAUCUAACUCGGUCACGUCGAGACAUGUUAUCGAACAGUUGGUGAAUGGCUAUUUUGAGGUCUACCACCGCAGCUAUCCGUUCGUGCAUGAGCCCACCUUCCGAGCCCAGCUUCACGAGGUUAUACAGCGACCAAAACGACGAUCGUGGCAGAUGCUGCUCUAUACCAUUAUGGCACUGGGAGCAUGGUGUCUCAACAAUGAUAACGCUGAACUCGAUGAUGAGCUGUACCAUCUAGCACUCUCGUUUGGGGACGCCGAGUGCUUGUUCGCAAGCGCGGAUCUGACCUUUGUUCAAGCUCUCAUUUUGUUCAGCAAUCUGAGCCAGAAGCGCAAUAAGCCCAACACGGGAUCCAACUUCCUCGGGCUUGCGACACGAAUGGCUCUGAGUUUGGGUCUCCACAGAGAGCUGCCCGACUGGAACAUCAGUCUCUUGCAACGAGAGAUGCGGCGCCGUGUCUGGUGGGGGCUGUACAUGUUUGACAGUGGUGCCUCGACUACCUUUGGGAGGCCGAUCCUUCUUCCGGGUGAGGAGGCCAUGGACGUGCGACCGGUUCUGAAUAUUGAUGAUGAGGACCUCACGAGUGUAACAGAACUUGCGCCAGAAGAGGUAAGCAGGCCGACGCUGUACUCAGGCAUGAAGUACCAGAGCGAGCUACAUGUCAAGUCCAACUACAUCUCCAAUCGUCUGCUCUCAUCGUCAUGUGUGGCACCGGAAGACGCGCUAUUCAUGGAUGCAACAUUGGACAAAUGGUCCAGCACAUUGCCGGAGUACUUGAGGCUGGAACACGAUGUCCGCUCAGCUGAGCCUACAUUCUAUUUCAACAGGUCACGUCUCUGGUGGCGCUUCUGGAAUCUCAAGAUCAUCAUCUUCCGCCAGUUAUUUCUCAAGCGGGCAAUUGGGACAAGUAAUUCUAACAUGACAGCACCAGUCAGUGAGGCUGAUGAAAGGUGCAUGAACAUUGCGGUGCGCGCUGCGAGUGCGACGAUAGCAUCGAUCGAUCAGCAUACAAGGGAGAGACAGAGAACCAGGCUUGUGACUUGGUAUUCAAUCUAUUUUACAUUCCACGCUUCCCUGGUCAUCAUCCUUGCUAUCCUCAGUAACUCGGAAUCACCAGACAUGCCCAAGUGGCAGGAGGAUGUCAACACGGUCCGUCGCAUCUUCCGAGAUGUAUUUGUGGACAAUGAGCUCGCGACUCGCUGCGCCAACAUUAUCGACGUCAUGCUGCCAGACCCUCUCUUGAACACGGGGGAUUGGGCAAAUGUCCAGCUGGAUCCUAUGCUAAUGGACUUUUCGACGUGGCCAGCAGCAUCUGCUGACGAGUUUGCCAGCGUUCUUGGCUGGCCAGACUGGCCCAACUUUCCGCAGUGAAUGGAUUUCUUAGAAUCAUCAGUUUAUAAUGCGCACAUUGGGUUCGAUGAGAUGGGAUCUAAUGUAUUCUCCGUUCGGUAUAUCGUUUUCGUCCGCCCGCUUGAUCGCUGUUUCUAUUGUCGUCUCGAUUCCGGCUCUUAGGUGUCGUGAUGCUAAGCGCUCCCGUGCGAUAUCAACUGGCACAUCUACAAACCACCUUUGGUACACAUUAGCUUGGAGUACAAUAGGGGGUGAUCGCGAGACUCACUUAUCAUCUACCAAUGUGGAAAUGCGGCUCCAAGGCUCUUGGUCCAAGAGUACGUAGUUGCCUUCGAUGAUAACAACUUUGGCCCGUGAAGAAAUCUCAAUGGCAUCGGGGAUUGGGUCUUUUCUCGCAUGGUCAAACCCCGGCGCUUUAAUGAUGGUUUGCGGCUCGUCAUCUGUUGUCACAGGUGUCGUCUUGAGUAACACCACGAGAUCUAAUAAGGCGGCGGCAUUGAAUGUAAAAGGCGCGCCUCGCCUUCGAAAGGCUUGGUCAGGGUCGUGGAAGGAAGAGAGAGUGGUACGAGUAUAAUGGAAUCCAUCCUGGAGAAUUGGGUGUUAAUGACGUAGUUGUUGCUCGGAGUUGGGGCUCGAGGAUAUACUAACCAUUGGAAGUACUGCGACAUCGAGAAUGCCGCUUUUCUUCAGCUCCCUGAUCAAGGCAUCAGAGAUGGUGGUUUUGCCCGAUCCUGGUACGCCAGCCAACGCAAUCAAGAUUCGUUGUGUUGGACCUGAGAGCUUCUGCCGGGUCAGAAGACGCUCGACGCGAUCAUUGAGCUUGCUUGUUGUCUUGACCAAAUCGCCAUCCAUAUUGAGAUAAUUGAUUAGGAGAGCUUAUUCGGCGAAAAAUCCAGGUUGUUUUAGGACUCUUUAACUUGAUUUCUUCGGAGGAGACCGGUCCUUCUUGAAUCAUGAGACGGCAG